AUGAAAGACACCAGUGCUACUGAAAUCGAUUUGGUAUCUCAAUUCCAACGGUUCAAUGAAGUGACACUUGAAAAUUUAACUGAUCAGAUUUCAAAGAUCUAUUCAUCGAAUAAUUUACUAGUGUUAGAUGCUGUGUUAUCACCACUAAUAAACAGCUUAACAAAUUUUACAAAACUAAAAGAAUUAGGCAAAUUUCAGAAUAUCGUGUGGUUAGAUAAUGAGCUAGUAAGCGUUGGGUCAAAUGUAUUAGCCAAAUAUGCGAGUUUGAUUGUUGUUGUACCGACCAAUUCUUUGGAGAACAUCAAUAUAUUGAACAAGUUAAUACACUCGCAUCCUGAUUUGCACAGUUUGAAACUUAAUAUUAUUGUCAAGGAUUUAAAUAUGAGUUUCACGUAUCAAAUUAACAAAGUUUUCAAUGGGAUCGUCAAUUUUGAAAAUAUAUUGUCUCCGGAGAAAUAUCAAAAGCCCAUAUCUGUCACAUCUCGAAUAAAGAUUUAUAAUUGGAAGACUUUCCCCAUAUACACCGACGAAAUCUUGGUUACUGAAAUUAACAAGUUUAAUGGAAUUGAUGAUUAUUUUAAUAAACCGCUUAAACAAGUUAAUCAGCUAAGUGAGGCUCUAACACAAUUGCUUUUCAUGGGGAUUCAAAAUGGUAAGCACGAACAUUUAUUCAAAUUACGAAACAUCUACGGUAAAGGAAAUCAUUCGAAACUUUUAAUAGACCAGUUGCAGAAUUCAAAAAUGCCAGAGUUCAUGAACGAGAACAUGACAAACUUGGAAAUUGAUUUUUAUUCAGAUGUACUUCACAGCAACACCGACUUGGUUGUUUUGGAAAGAAAUCUCGAUUUUAUUUCUUGCAUAUUCAAUCAAUUAAACUACCAUGGGAUAAUAGACGAUAUUUUUAGUAUUAGAUUUGACAGCAUUGAACAAUUACUGAGCAACGAAAUUAGCAAGAGCUUAGCAAAUGAUAAGUUAUAUACACAAGACUUGAAACAUUUGAAUUUCUCUUCAAUUGGGUUGAGAUUAAACAAAUUGGCAAAGUACAUCCAACAACAAUUCAAAACGUCAUCUGCUCAAAAAAAUUCAAAUACAUCCGAACCAAAUAUAAGCGAUAUAAAACAAUUGGUGUCCAACCUUGGUACUUUAUCCAUACAACAAGAAUUGGUGAGGAAGCAUACCAUAAUCGGAGAGGAAGUAAUGGAAAAGAUAAAUAAAGAGUACGAGCAGUUUCUUACAUUUCAAAAUGAUGUUUUUGAGAUGGACUACAAAUCCCAAAUUGCCAAACUUAAAGAGUUUGUUAAUUGCAAUUAUCCGAUUGAGUAUGUUCUUUCGGCAGUUUUAUUGAUUGGAUAUUUGAAUGAUGGGAUUUCAAGCAAGGAAAUUGAUUGGCUCUCUCUAGAAAUACAAGACAAUUACGGGCUUGAGGCUGUUUUUACGUUGGAAAAAUUGAUCAAACUCAAAAUGAUUCGAGUCAUUCAUGGAUCUUCAGUAGACUUUUUCAGUAGCUUGGGGUUCACUAGCCAAAAGAAGAAAUCCACAAAAAGCAACCAACCUGAAUUUGAAGAUGACAAAAAUGUGGGGAUCAGCGGGAGUGGAGAUGUUUAUAGAAACAACUAUACCUUGAUCAAUAAAUUUUGGAGUUUGCAUCCGUUGGAUGACGAGGAGUCCUUGUCACAAAAUUUAAAAGAAUCAGGCGGUAAUGAACUGACAAACUUGCUAGAUUUAUAUCCAAACCCAUCUUUUACAUUACCAGGUAACACCGUUCCACUUAUUUAUCGUUUUGUUGAAUCAUUGUAUUUCCGAGAUUUCUUAAAACAUAAACCAAUAAAUAACCUCAAAAGACGACCAAAUUGGGAUAACUUGGGCAUAAAUACAAUGUUUGCUGGUAAAACCAUUGAUUUGAAUUUGGAUAACAUAAACGAUGAUAGAUCCAAGUAUUUGAUAAUUGCUAUCAUUGGAGGUGUGACCCGAAGUGAGUUAACUUGUUUUAAAUAUUUACAAGAGAGAUUUAAGAAACAGGGCAAAUCAAAAGAGAUUAUUAUAGUUUCCAACGGCAUCGUUAAUAAUAGUAAACUAAUGCAAUUUAUGUCGAACUAA